AUGGCAUUUAAACUCUAUUUAAUUGAAGCAGGUUUGAAAAUCAAGGCCUUCGUCGUCAAGCUAAAGCGUCAUUGGGGAAGGAGACGAAAUGAUCGAGGCGGUGGCCGUCGCGGAGGCGGAGGUGGCCGUCGCGGUGGCAGAGAAGAUGGAGGUGGAGGUGGAGAUGGUGGUGUAGAUGCAGGUGGAGAUGGUGGUGGAGAUAUUGAUGACAACAGUAGAGGACAUCACCAAGGUGGUCAUGGUGGCCACAACCGCGAAGGACAUCACGACGGUGGCGGGCAUCAUGGCGGCGGAGGGCAUCAUUACGGCGGGUAUCACGGCGGCGGAGGGCAUCAUUACGGCGGGCAUCACGGCGGCGGAGGGCAUAAUGAUGGCGGAGGGCAUCAUUAUGGUGGCGAUCACGGCGGCGGAGGGCAUCAUUACGGCGGGCAUUAUGGCGGUGAUCACGGCGGCGGCGGAGGGCAUUAUGGCGGAGAUCACGGCAGUGGCGAUGGCGAUGGAUUUUGA